GCUCGUGACCGUGGCCGCACCAGUGCGCACUCCUAACCGAUUCAGUCAGGUUCCGCCGAUACGGACUCGAAAAUUGAAAAUAAUCCGCGGCAAGGCAAACUGCCGAACUUGUGGCACUGCGGCGAUUCGGUUGCAUUCUAGCCAGAGGCAAAAGAUUGAAGUGGAAAAACAUUCGAAAUGGGUUGCGCAACGGGCACCAUAAAGUACUCGCUGUUCCUGUUCAAUGCCUUAUGGGCGAUACUUGGUAUCCUGGUGCUCAUCUUUGGCGGCCUCGGCUGGGGAGCAAUGCCGGAUUCAUAUGCCAUCGGUAUCUUCGUUCUGGGCGGAAUUAUCCUGGUAAUAUCCCUGUUUGGCUGCUGUGGAGCCGUUCGCGAAUCGCCGCGCAUGCUCUGGACGUAUGCGACACUGCUGCUGAUUUUGCUGCUACUUAUAGUGGCGUUUAUCAUCCUGAAUCCCAAAGAUGUAUUUAAAAGGUACGCCCUUCAAACGGUGGAGAAUCAGUGGGAGCUGGAGCAGACGAAGCCUGGCAGUAUGGAUAUUAUUCAGAAGACGUACUAUUGCUGUGGCCGCGACAGUGCCCAAGACUACUUGGAUAUCAAAUUCUGGAACAAUACCGUUCCAAGUAGCUGUUGCAAGGACGCCAGCUGUGUGAAUCCCCUGAAUCUCUAUCUGCGGGGCUGCCUCGAAAAAGUGGAGGAGGCUUUUGCAGAUGAGGCAACCACUCUGGGCUAUUUGGAGUGGGGUCUGCUCGGAUUCAACGUUGCCAUUCUAUCGCUGGCCAUCAUCUUGGCCAUUCACUACACCAACCGGCGGAGACGAUAUAACUAUUAGUGAAUAUUUACUGAAUAAGAAACCAAACUCCUCAUUUCUAAGUGUCACCAGUGGUGUGUGGUUUGUUUUUGAUACGAAAACCCAGCGAUACUUGCCAAGCAACUGAUUUUGGUUUAAUUGCAAAAAUCGUCUUUUUAUUAAAGCAAUGCUUAACACAGUCGAAUAUUAAAA